GGGUGACAUGUAAAAUAUAAACCAGCUGUGACUUUUGACAUGAAGCUCUACUAAUCAGAUAAACCUCCCAACUUUGCCAGGGUUUUAGAACAAAAAGACCCAUUCUUUCUUCUUCAGCUCUGCACACUGAAGAUUAUACAUAUCAGAAAACCUUGGCCAUUUGGAGCAGGGAAAGAAGCAAGGUAAUUUUACAUGGCUACAACAGGCAUGAUAACUGCCCAAGGGUAUGGCUUAUUGCCUAUAAACAGAAGUAACAGAACUUGUUGCAAGUUCAGAAGCACUAACAGGCAAUCUCAUGGUAUAAAGGCAAUGCGAGUAGAGAAGUCUUUAGAAGAAUUAUACAAUGUCAGGGUAGAAAGGAAAGUGACACCAGAGCGAUUGGCAGACCUUGGAGUCUCAAGAUGGUCAAUGUGGAAGACCGGCAAGUGCAAGUUGCCUUGGGAUUGGCAGGUGGACCAGUUAGUUUAUAUCGAAGAAGGGGAGGUAAGGGUAGUGCCUGAAGGAAGCGAACGUUACAUGCGGUUUGUGGCUGGUGACUUAGUUCGUUACCCCAAAUGGUUUGAAGCUGACCUUUUCUUUAACGGUCCAUACCAGGAGCGUUACAGGUUUCGAGCAUAUGGUGAUGACUGUUGAUCCCACAUUGCGUCCUUAACUAUGCCAGCUUCGUCAUCCUAAGUAUCAGGUAUAUUCCAGGGUUUAUAUUUUUGAACUAAAGUAGUUAACCCAACAACUGCAAGUUGGAUUGCUAUUCCAUGCAUGAUGAACUGGAUAACUUUGAUAGGUUGUAAUUUUGAGAUACAAUUUCCAUUAUUUAAAGCAAUUUAUUGCUGUAUUAACAGACUA